AGUACAAACUAUACUUUGACAAAGAACGGAAGCAAAACAAAGAAGGCGAGGGCGUAGUAAACAACUUUCGAUUUUUUUUUCUUUGAAAUGGGCUUCAAGGGCAACUUUCCGCAGAUGGUCCGUGGAACGGGCUUCAAGCUGCGACAGUAUCGCGAUGGUCCUUUGGACUGGAGGCUAAUGGGUUCAUAUGAAACAGAGCGCAUUCUCAGGGAGCAGAACUUUGAACUAGUGGACAAGGCUCUGGCCCAUCUCUCGGAGGCUCCACUAGGCACGGUGCUAGAGACACACAUCCUGGACAGCGGCAUUGCCAAGUACUUUGUGAUGUCGCAGUAUGCUAUCCAGUACCUGCUCUGUUGUCGCACCUACUUGGAUGAGUGUGUCACGGACUUGAAGGAGGCGCAUACGACGGCCCAGCAGGAGAUAGCCACUCUACGGAAGUCCCUCGGAGAGUCCCACAACGAGGUGGUACAGCUGCACAAGCGGAUCACCCAGAUCGAGGCCAUCCGCGAGGUGGUCUAUCCCUGUCACCUGUGUCCCAAGAACUUUAUCAGCAACGAGGCGCUGAAUGUCCACAUCGGCCGAAAGCAUCGCGUGGCCUCGCCCCCGAGUCUCGCCUCCGGUCAGGGAAAGGACAAGGAGAAGGAUAAGGAUACCGAUCUCCACCUGAUCAAUACCAUAAAGAUGGAGCUAGAGAUAAAGCAGCUGAAGGAGCGCCUUAAUGCUGCCGAGCGGAACAUCAAAGAGCGGGGAACAGGAUCGAAGCGGGCUAGUCCUCGCCAGGAGCAGCGCUCCGUUGGCAUCCAAAGUAAUCUGGCGGAGGCCAAGGAGAAAGAUGAGGGCAGUGGGGAGCAGGCGCACGACAGCGAGGCCAGCGAGAGAAAGGAGCAAAUGACAGGAUUGGCUGAACGACUUAAAAACUUCGAGGAGUGGCAGGAGCAACUCAAACAAAGCAACGAACACUUUAUCAAGGACAUAAAUCAGAGACUAGAAGUAUUAAGUCGAGCUCUUGAGCAGAGCAAACAGGCCUCAGCUAGCACACCGCCACUGGAAGAUCGUGUUGCCACGCCCUGUCUGGAGGAUCUGGAGCGCAUACUCACCGAAAAGGUGGCCGAGAUUGGCAAGGUCAGUGCCCACAAGCUGGAAGAGGUAGUCUACCACAUGGAGAUGGGGUACAGAGAAAAACUGGAGGCUCUUGAACGCGAGCUUAAGCAGUUGUCGUCUCAAACUAAGGAACAGCCUCAUCAUGUCCAGGCUCUGCCAGCUGCUUCGAAAAUACCCAAGCCCGUGAACCGAAAAGAAGAAACCAAUAUGGAUCGCAUCCGUAAGCAAGUGGAGAGCGAGUUCCUCAAAAAGAAAAAAGACGAUGACACCUACUCCAUUGAAGAGGCGCCACGGCAGAAGCCAAUUUCCCAGCUGGUCAGCCAAGCCCAAGUUCAUGCCGUGGAGAAGGAGCAGCCAAGUGCAGGUAGCUCCGGCAGUAAUCCAACCUAUACAAAACCACCUGUCGAGACGAUUUCCAGCAAACUGGAAACAAGAGAGGCUACGGACAUCAGCGAGAGUCUAAGCCACGAAGAGGGCGAGCAGGACGAAGAACAGAGCCUGUCAGAGGAGGAGGAGGAGGCCACAGAAGUGACCACGUCCGAGUCGGAGGCACCCAGAAAAGACGACAAAGCAACACCGAUCAAGCCUCCUGAAAAGAUAAUCAAAACGCCACAAAAACCGCUUACCAGAAAAGAUGCCCGGAAGUUGGUCAACCGGAAGUUGAUGCCUCACGGCUUCGAUAUGAAGUCCAAGGGUAUUUCCCACAUCUCACUGAAGCGAGUAAACUCGGAGCUGGCCGAGCAUCGCAACAAAUUAAAAAUGAAAUAUCCACAUUUCUAUGCUACCCGGAAUCGCAUUCGGAAAUUCGUGGAGAAACUCUGCUCCGCCAAAUUUCCAGAACGCGCUCAGGUGCUUCUCAAGCAUAGGACUCCUCUGAAACCCAUCGAGGUGCCCAAGAAACGGAACCUACCACCAUCUACAUCAUUAGAGAAGUCAGAGGACGAUGUAGCUUCCACCCAGGACGAAGAGCAGGAGGAUGAAAUGUCGCAUAGCAGCGAUGAAUCCCAAUCACGUAGUUCUAGUCCUCAGCCUCAGGUUAGUCGGGACUUCAAGGCAAGGCUGGAGGAAAUUCUAGUCAAACCGGCGGCCACAGCCCGAGGAGGAGUUUCCAAAUCAGCUCUGAGCUCUCGGCCAGUUCCUCUGCCCAGAAAGCGGGUUAUGUUUAACACGCUAAGCAGCGGAAAAAGCUUCAAUGACAGCGAUGAUAAUUUGAAAUAAAUAAAUUAUUAUUUUAAAAAUUUUGAAAUAA